AUGAAGCACAAGUAUACCGAUGACAAGAACCCUGCCGAAGCCAUGUUCACGCAGCCCUUCGGAAUCUCAUGGCGCAAAGCCCUGGUGUCCAUCCCUCGCCUCGUGCCCGACUUUGUCCUCAAUUUCACCACUGCCGAGGGUCCGCAGCCCAUCGUCUACGACAUCCCCUCGCGAGGCAAGCAUCUGAUCCCCGUCUAUGUCUGGGUCCCACCCGUCCGCAAGCACCGCCACCGACAUCUCUUUCACCACCAGAAGGACGCGGCUGGUACGCAUCUGCAGAAUGCUCUUCGGCCCAUCGGCAUCGACGAAGACUACGAUGGCAAAUUGCCCGUCCUGAUCGACUUCCAUGGCGGGAGCUUCAUUCUCGGCUCGUGCCAAGAGCAAGCUCCCUUCUGUGCCCGGAUGUGCCGUGAGCUGAACUGUGUUGUCAUUUCGGUAGACUACCGGCUUGGUCCGUAUGCGCAGUUUCCUGCAGCCAAUCUGGAUGCCGAAGAUGUGGUCCAAGCGGUGAUCGACCCCAGCAACAGAGCGUUCCAGCCGCUCCGGGAAGGGAUAAUGUGGGAGCUGCUGAAGCAGGGCCGGAAACCUGUUGAGCUGGACGAGCAGAAGAUCGCCAUUUCGGGAUUCAGCUCUGGUGGAAAUAUUGCUUUGAACCUGGCCCUCAGCAUCAAGGACGACCCCACGAUGGAAACUGAUUGGUUAAGUCCGUUGCCCUGGGACUGGGCGAACGAUAUUCCCCUUCUUUUGUUCUAUCCAAGCUUGGACGCCCGGCUCUUACCCCAUGAGAGGCCAAGGCCGGAAGGUCUUGAUCCUCCUACCGGAUUUGUUGAACGCUGGAAGAUCGAGAAGGAACUGAUGCCGACAUAUCUGCCUCCGGAGAAGAGGUGCCAUCCACGGGCAAGCCCUGGCCUUGCAGACAUUCGACCGAAGGACGAAGGGAACUUCGGCCUCCACCCGAAAGCCAAGAUGCUCCUGAUCCUGCCCCAGUUUGACUCGCUGAAUGCGCAGAGCCAGCUUUGGAUCCAGAAGGUGCGCGACGAGGGCCGAGGGGACGAUCUGAUCGUCGAGGAGGUCAAGGGCGUGGUGCACGGAUGGACACAAUUCCCGGACUCGUGGAUCAACGAGCAGGAGCGGAAGCUCAAACUCGAGGCGUUUCGCCGGGCGAGGGAGUUCCUCGAGGACUACUGGCACCUCGACAGCCGGCUUGUCGAGGUUGAGGUUAUCCAUCAUGGCAAGGACGGGAUGGGAGAGACCAUAGAUACCACAGGAUCACAGAACAUGGCUGAAGCAUGA